AUGCUCCCGAUCACAUACCGCUCCUCCGAAGGACCAACCUCCGAAAUCAAGGUGUUCCAGGAUCCUGCCCCGGACUUCUCGGCGGCCAAGGCCCGCGGCGAGACGGUUCUGAUUCUGCGCAACGUUCCUGUGGGGUUUGCUGUCCGCACGCUCCACUCCUUGCUGAUGACUAGCUCCACGGAGGGGGUUCGCUGGCUUGGUGACCUUCUUUUCUUCCACAAGCUGUUUGAUCCUUACGAGGAAUCAUUCUUACCUCAGAUGCUUGGCAUUGCUGUUGCCUCCCCUAACGACCCCCUCUUUGAAGCCAUCCCUGCUGUCAUAUGGGUGCCAGGAGUUCAGGAACCUAUCCUGGUGAAUGUGUCUUCGCACUCAUGCGCUGUGUGCACUAGUAACCAUCGUACGCGCGACCACAGCAGCUUCGCUGCAGUGAGGAGGAACCGCAUCGCUAAUCCGUACCUCAUCACCAUGUGGCAGCUCCAGAAUUGCCGCUCCCUACAUGCCCCCCUGCCUUUUACAGCCAGGAUCAUUGGCCAGCACCCCGCAGUGGCUUCCUUCAAGGCCGAACCUGGUACCUUCUUCAUUGGGACGGAUCUCGAGUUCAGGCUUCUCGCCAUCUACGCCCCUAACAACUAUCUUGACAGGCGUGCCUGGUGGACCAACACUGUGGCGCACUACCUGGAGCAACCCUCCGCCAGUUCUGGAACAAUUCUUACCGGUCACUUCAAUGCCGUGGUGUUACCCUUGGACAGGAAUCGGGACCUGAAACCAGUGGAGCGCACAGAGACAGCUUUAUUAGAGGAUAUGCUCAAGAAACACUCUCUUAUUGACUGCUACCGGCACAAGUUUCCAACCAAAGCCAUGUUUUCCUUUUCCUCCCAUCAAAAAGUUCUGCCUUCUGGAUCUGCCCCCCCCUCCUCCCAACCUUCCCUCCCCAGGCAGAAUGCUUGCUCUCCUGUUUCUGCCCCCUCCUCCUCCCGCCUUGACAGAACGUACGUCUCUCAGGAACUCAGACCUGGGUUCACCAUCGAGGAGUGGGACCACUGGAAGAAAGGGCUUUGUCGUCAACUUCAGUGGUACAGUAAGGAGGGAAAAACCAGGGUAAGGAAGACUAUGUCCUUUCUAAGUGAUGAGGCAUGCCGCCUUCAGCUUCACCUUCUCAAAAACCCUUCUGACCAGCAGGGAGCCACCCGCUUAUCCCUUCUCACUUCUAGCCUGGAGUCUUAUGAGCUCUCUCGUGCCUCCAAAAUCGCGCUCAAGGCAAAGCUCAAGGUGGAAGGCUCUAGAGAGAUGGGGGUCUCCUCUCUUCUCAUUGGUCUUCAGGGCCGCAUCAAAGAUUCUCUCAUUCCACAUCUCAAGCUCCCCUCGGGUGAGAUUGUCUCUGACUUGCAGGGCAUGUCCAAGCACUGCACCGAGUACUUCUCCACUCUUUACAAUGGUCUCUCUCCAGUCUCUCGUGACCUUUCGUUCUGGAAUUCAGUGCGCACCUCUGUGCUCCCCUCUUCCUGCUCUGCCCGUCUGGAUCUUCCAUUUUCGCUGGCAGAGAUUGAGUCAGCUCUGGGGCGGCUUUCCAAAGGGCAAGUUCCCAAGUCCAUGGAAGCCGGCAGGACGGUUCUCAUCCCCAAGCGUGGAAGUACGCAGCUUGUAUCAAACCUGCGGCCUAUUACGCUGAUGAACGUGGAUUACAAGGUUCUUGCCCUUGUCCUUGCCUCCCGUUUACAAGCUGUUCUUCCCAAAAUCAUCAACCCCGCACAGGCUGCGUUCAUCAAAGGUCGGCGUAUCGGCGAUACAAUCAAUGAUACAUUGGACCUCAUGGAGUGGGCGAUCGCUCAAGGUGACCCACUCCUCGUUCUCACGGUGGAUAUCCGGAAGGCAUAUGACAUGGGCUGCCCCCUUGCCCCUCUCCUCUUCGUCUGUGUGAUCGAGGUCAUGCAGAGGUUCAAUUCCUAUAAGGGGUGCCGAUGA